AUGUCUUUGCAGUUGUCUCGUGCUGGUCAUUCAAGAGCUGGGCCGUUGAUAUUGGCUCGAAGAGGUGGACUCGCUUGCUCUCGAGGACGGAAACAGCGAGAGUACACUUCACAGCAGAAACAAUAUGCGCCUAAACAUGAGACAAAUCCAGCAAAGUACAACUGGAAUCCGAACAAUUUUACAGAUGAACUCCCGAAGAAUUACGAGAAAUACCCUCUCUUGACUGCUUCACAACUGAGUAGAGAAAAGAAACCGCGUCGAGAAGUUAAGAUGCUUGUCCGGGACUUCAUCGCGGACGCGUUGUAUAACCCCAACUAUGGCUACUUUCCGAAACAAGCCGUAAUCUUGUCUUCGCCAGAACCCUUCGACUUCCCGUCAUUGAAAAACUCUGACGAGUUUAACAGUAUGGUCGCACGUACGUAUGCUACCGAUGAUACUGGCCCUCGAACUCUCAUCGGACGGCAAUUGUGGCACACUCCGACAGAACUUUUUAAACCGUGGUAUGGCAGUGCCAUAGCACAAUGUCUAACCGCCGAUUAUAUGCUCAAAUAUUUCCCAUACGAGGACUUCAUCAUUUAUGAAGUAGGGGGUGGCAAUGGCACUCUGGCGCGCAAUAUUCUCGACUUCGUACGGGACUAUUACCCCGACAUCUACGAGAGAACAAGUUAUCGGAUCAUUGAAAUUUCCCCCCAACUUGCAGAAAUACAGAAGCAACAACUCAAACAGGAACAUGAAAAUGUGGAAGUCAUCAUCAAAGACAUCUUGCAAUGGGAUAAACCUGACUUGUCCCCUUGCUAUUUCAUUGCGGCGGAAGUGAUCGACAACUUUCCGCAUGACAUUAUUCGGUAUCGAACAGAAGAUCUAAAGCCUGCCCAAUGUGUAGUCGUUGUGGACAGCGAAGGAUCGUACACGGAGCUUUACGAACCAAUAACCGAUCCUCUCAUUACCCGAUUUCUUGCUUACAGAACAGCACUUCAUCACCAGCCUCCAGUACUCACUCGAGUGAUGACUUCACCGGUUCUACGCUUUCUUCGUCAAGCUCUUCCCAUGGUGCCUAAUCUCUCCUCGCCUGAGUUCAUCCCUACACAUCUGCUCCUAUUCCUGGAGAAGCUCCGUAGGAACUUCCCACAGCACCGCCUGCUUUUGUCCGAUUUCUUUUCUUUACCAGAAGCACUUUCCGGCUACAAUGCACCAGUGGUACAAACACGGUAUCGCGGCGCCAUGAUACCAUGCACGACGUACCUGGUACAACCAGGAUAUUUCGACAUCUUCUUCCCCACUAACUUCGAACGACUCGGUGAACUCUACGAGCUGGUUAUGUCACUACCACACACGCCGCAAGAACUCGAUAUUCGCAGCUCUCCUAUCCUCCAGAGUGAUCGUCGACUGGCCUCCGACUUCUUCUCAGCUCGGGGACGCAGUGAUGUCGAGCCAACUCCCGUUCUGAGCGGGAAGCCGGCUCGUCUUGGUCCGCCUCUCUGCAAUAUAUUUACCCACAAAGAAUUCCUCACGCGCUACGCGAAUAUCGAGGCGACAACAUUGCGAAAUGGAGAAAAUCCCUUACUGGAAUUCUAUCAGAAUGCGAAGUUCCUGUUCUAAACGAACCCAACCCUCUUCGUCGUCGUGACAAUCAUGAACAUGUAUACAUUGGACAGAGUUUCGACUACGGGGCUAG